AUUUCAAUAAAUGUUGGAAUGCUGGACUGGCCAUUUCUGAUUGGUUCACUGUGUCCGUCCAGAUGUUUGUCUUCUGCAUAAAUGUAAGUGAAUGAAGGAACAGUGAAUCUGUUUUUAGCUUCACAAGCUCUGAGCAAGGCUCUGCGUAAAAAUAGACGGGAUGUCACAGGUUGCUCACAUCGCCGUAUUGUUCCUCUACUUUGGGCUCAUGUACCAUGAAGCUAAUGGGAUAUUUAUGCAGAAAUUGUCCGAGACAAAACUUUGCGCUGAUGAUGAAUGUGCUUGUAAGUACCCUUGUGGUUUAUAAUUUUGGAAAUAUAUAUACAUAUAUAAGAUCUAGUAAAAGACCCACUGGGGGUGGAAACGUUGAUCAAGUAACCAGAAUUUAACUUUGUUUACAAAUUAAAACCAAGUAGUUACCUACAAAAGCUCUGAGAGUGCAUCCUUUGUUUGUGUAUAUAUCUUUAAUGUGUGGAUAUAUAUGCCCCCCCAAAAAUCUUGGCACUCAAGAACUCUGCCUGGGUGCAAUACACUCAAAACCAGGUAGGCUGCACUCACCUUAACAUGCAUAUACUGUAAUGGUGCUGCUGAGACCAAUUGUAACAACAUGCAGAAUCCAGUUUUUAAAAACACCUGACUUUGGCAAAAAUAAUGGGGGUGUAGUGACAGUAUAUGAUCAUACAUUGCAUAAGCCUGGCACAACGUCAAUGUACCCCAUUCUUGGCAGGUACUAUUCUAGUAACCUAAUACAGCCUGCUCUUAUAAGAUUAACCCACUUGGGGAAUCCUUCCUCCUGGAACUCUCUGCAGUACAAGGUUAAAUACAUUUAGAUCUUGCUCAGUUGGAGAUCUUCUAUUAUGCAGUAGACAUUACAUAUUUUCAAGUCUCUUCAUAACGAACAGACUCCCGUCCGUCCACCUGUCUGCCUACCUGUUUGUUUAUUAUUUUUAUGUCAUGUCAUUACAGAUAACAUUGUUUAGUGUUCAAUACAGAUAUACUGAAUGUUUCCCUUCAUAUUGUAUGGUGGUUCAGAACCUUUUCUUGCUUCUGAAAUAAUAAAUAAUAAUUAUAUAAUUUCUCGGACCUGUAAAAAGGGGAAUUAGGUCCAUCUAGAGUUACCUUAAUCCAUUGGGUGGAACCCAAAACUGGCUGGCGAUGCAGUAUUUGUAAUUUUUUGUUGAUUGGAAAAAGAAUAUUAAUCUCAAUAGACUCCAAACUGAUUUUAUUGUAAUAGUGAAUAUUUAGAGUCAAGUUUUUUUGAAGAAUUCUAGGUAAAUGUAUAAUUGAUGACCUGACAUUCUAAUGUACAAAUAAUUAUCUAACAGAAAGCAAAACACUAUCUUAAUCACUUUAAGAGUAUAGUAUUUGUGUUGUCAAUGUACUUACAUAUGCUGUUGUGGCACCGUAAAAUGUUUUUGUUACCCCAUGCACAAUAAAAAAAAAUAUAUAUAUAUAUAGUAAAUGUAGUGAUGUACUGAGCUUAAUAAAUAUGCAUUAGAUUGAAAGAUGAUAAAAAUCAUGGGUACACUUUUGUUUGCUUCAAAUAGAGUAAUACAAUGUGGUGUAAGUGCAUUUACUAUUUUGCUAAUGUAGUGACAAGAAUAGAAAAAUAAAUCUCUAAUAGAGCUGCUUUAAAAAUAAUGUAAAUAUAUUAAAUAUAAAGUGAAAGGAUAUUCUACUUAUUAUACCGAAUCAAUCGAAACAUCGUUGCCUUGGUAAGUGAGAAUAAAAUGCUGUAUGGUUGUAAAUCACUAUGCCGCUAUAAAGCAUUAAAUUAAUGAUAUCUAGAACAGUAAUCUCUAGCACGUGUUAGAAAAAUAAGAAAACAAACCAGAAUAUUACAGUAUAUGGUGUAGCGUAUCGACAAAGUUAAUGUUGUACUGUGGGAUUCCUUCUCUCGGUAAGCAGGCUCUUCAGACUCAGUAAAUGUAGAGACACUUAUCUGGAAUAUUUUAUCCAUUGCACUCAAAAUCAUUGAAGUAUAAGAAAUGAUACUGAAAUAGUUCACAUUCUACAACUAAAAUAGCAUGCUUCUUGCUCACAAUUAGAACAGAACAUGAAAUCACAGCUUGUGUCUUUCACUUGCUCAUGCGACGAUGAAUGUUAUUUUAAAAAAAUCUUCAACUAUUGUAUUACAAAGACAUGGUAUCGAUCUGUGUAGGAUUUGUCCUUUUUCAAGUCUGCAUAUGGCCUUGUUAAAGAUUAAUACGAUGAGCUACCAUUUGUGUUGCUUUGUGAUGACUUAUUUAUUCAUAUAUUAUAACACCUUGCUUUACAAAGGAAAAUGGCAAGGUUUAUUUCAACCAAUAGAUCCGUUAACUCAACAUGCAAAAUAUUCUUUUUUAUUCAGGAUUAUUCAAUAUUCUGGGAAAAUCCAAAUUAUAGGACAAAAUAUUUUAAUUGAUUAAAAAUGCCUCAACUCAGAUAUUUUCCCAGCUUGGUUAAUUUGCCCUGAAUUUUGCAAUUCUAUUGUCAACGUUGCACAAUUUAUAGUGCUGCCCUUUAGGAGAGAGCAAGAGCAAGAGACAGGUAUGUAAGGUAGAGGUUACUCUGAGAGUCCAUAAGCUUUCCUAAAGAGAUGGGCUUUAAGGCACUUAAAGGAUUGAAGACUAUGGCAGAGUCUGAUGGCGGUAGGCAGGCUAUUCCAUAAGAAGGGAGCCACCCAUGAGAAGUCCUGCAAGCGUGAGUUGGCCGUAUGCAGUGGUGUAUCCUGGUUUUGUGCUGCCCUAGGCAGGACAAAACUCUGGCGCCCCCCCUCCCCCGCACUAGCCCCCCCCAAGCCUUCUAAAUACACACACACACACACACAUUCACUGACAGAUACACAUACACUCGCUAACAGAAACACACACACACUACAGACACACUCACACUCACUAAUAGACACACACUCACUGAAACACACACUCACAGGCAAACACACUCACACUAACAAACACACACACAUUAACAGACACACACUCACUGACACACACACACACAGACAAACACACACACACUAACAGACACACACACAGUCAGACACACACACUAACACACACACACUGACACACACACACAGGCAAACACACUCACACUAACAGACACACACACUAACAGACACACACACACACUAACAAACACACACACACACUCACUAGCAGACACACACUCACUGACACACAGUCAGACACACACAUACACACUAACAGACACACACUCACUCAUUAGCAGACACACACUAGCAGACACACACAGUCAAACACACACUAACAGACACACACUCACUCAUUAGCAGACACACACACACACACUAACAAACACACACACACACACAUUAACAGACACACUCACAGACAUAUACACACACUCACUCACAUUAACACUUUUUUUUUUUAUUUACCCCCCCCAACCUCCUUACCUUUGGGAAUGCUGGGGUGGGGGUCCCUCUCUCCCUGGUGGUCCAGUGGCUGCUGGGCGGGUGGCUGGCGAGGGAGCUCUUCCUCUGAGCUGACUGCUCAGCUCCCUCGUGCGCCGCAGAGUGAAGCUGGGAGCCGGAAUAUGACGUCAUAUUCCGGCUCCCAGCCUCACUCUGCGGCGCAUGAGGGAGCUGAGCAGACCGCUCAGAGGAAGAACUCCCUCGCCAGCCGCCUGCCCGACCAUCAGCCAGCGCCGCCCAGCAUGUCAGUUAGCCGCGAGGCUAACUAGGCAUUUGCCCUGGGUAUUUGGGGGGCGGCGUUUUUUGCCGCCCCCUGGAAAAUGCCACCCAAGGCAAAUGCCUUGUUUGCCUCGUGGCUAAAACGCCCCUGGCCGUAUGGGUGCGAACAACAGACAAGAGAAGGUCACAUGCAGAGCGGAGAGACCGAGAAGGGACAUACCUAUGGAUUUGUGAGGAGAUAUAAGAGGGGCUAGAAUUGUUCAGUGCUUUAUAGGUGUGAAUUAGUACCUUGAAUUGACUCCUAAAGGAUACAGGAAGCCAAUGUAAGGACUGACAGAGGGGUGAGGUGUGAGAGAACCGAUUAGAGAGGAAAAUCAGUCUGGCGGCAGCAUUCAUUACGGACUGUAGUGGUGCAGUAUGGCUUUUGGGAAGACCAAUCAGGACAGGGUUACAAUAAUCCAUACGGGAAAUUACUAGAGCAUGGACAAGCUCCUUGGUAGCAUCUUGCAUAAGAAAGGGGCGGAUGCGGGCUAUGUUUUUAUGAUUGAAUCUACAGAAUUUGGCAACAUACUGGAUGUGAGGCUCAAAGGUGAGGCCAGAAUCAAGUAUGACGCCAAGACAGCGUGCUUGCAAUGAUGGACUUAUGUGAAUACCACUAACUUGAAGGGAGUGGGAAAGAGGAGGAUCAGUUUUAGGAGGAGGAAAGACAAGGAGCUCAGUUUUAGAGAGAUUGAGUUUCAGAAAGCGGGAGGAUAUCCAGUCAGAGAUGGAAGAAAGGCAAGCAGUGACCCGUUGCAGGACGGCAGGGGAGAGGUCUGGGGAGGAGAGAUAUAGCUGGGUGUCGUCAGCGUACAGGUGGUAGUGGAAUCCAAAUGAGGUAAUAAGUUUGCCAAGAGAGGCAGUAUAAAGAGAAAAUAGACGGGACCAAGGACAGAGCCUUGGGGACUCCAACCGAGACAGGACAAGGGGAGGAGGUAUCAUUAGAAAAGGAGACACUGAACGAGCAUUUGGAGAGAUAAGAGGAAAACCAUGAGAGGACAGAGUCACAGAGACCGAGUGAUUGAAGAGUUUGAAGAAGGAGAGCAUGAUCAACGGUGUCAAAGGCAGCAGAGAGGUCAAGAAGAAUUAGUAUGGAGUAGUGGCCUUUGGAUUUAGCUGUGAUUAGGUCGUUAGUAACUAUGAUAAGCGCAGUCUCAGUAGAGGGUUGAAGAGGGUCAAGGAGAGAGUUGGAAUUGAGGAAGUGAGACACACGGGUAAAGACAAGUCUUUCCAGACGCUUUGAGGAAAAAGGGAGCAAGGGUAUAGGACUAUAGUUAGAGGGGGAGGAAGGGUCAAGAGAUGUUUUUUUUCAGGAUAGGUACUACAGUGGCAUGUUUAAGAUCAGCAGGGACAACGCCAGAAGAGAGAGAGCAGUUGAAGAUGUGCGUUGAGGAAGGCACAAGACAAUUGGAGAGAGAUCUGAUAAGGUGAUAUGGGACAGGAUCGAGCAGCUAAGUGGUGGGGCCAGAGGAAAGGAUAAGCGCAGCCAACUCUUGUUCAGUAGCUGGGGAGAACGUCUCAUGGGUAGGAAAGGCAUGAUCUACGUGUGGUUGAGAAAGAGAAUGGCAAGGAGGGGAGAAUUCUUUCCUUAGCUGUUCAGUUCUUGUCGGUAAAGUAACAUGCAAAGCUUUCGGCAGUAAGGAUAGUCUGGGGGGUGGCCACAGCAGGGUGAAGAGGAGAAUUAAAGGUGUCAAAGAGACGCCUGGGAUUGCGGGAGCAUGAACUAAUGAGAGAGGAAAAGUAGGACUGUUUGGUGAGGGCAAGGGCUGCGCUGUAUGAAAACAAUAUGAAUCUAUAAUGGAGAAAGUCUGACUGGGUGCGAGACUUCCUCCAGGAGCGUUCAGCACAAUGGAAGCAUCUUUGCAGGUAGCUUGUUGAUUUAGUAUGCCACGGUUGGGGGUGUGUCCUCCUUGAGGUGCAUGUUUGGAGCAGGGCUGCAGCAUUCAAGGCAGAGGUGAGGGUAGUGCUAUAUGUGGAGAUGGCCAGUGACGGACAGGAGAGGGAAGGGAUGGCAAUCAGUUAUGAAUCAAUAUCAGCUGACAGCUGCUGGAGGUCAAGAGAAUUAAGGUUCCUCCUGAGUUGAGGGGGGUUAGGCUGAGGUUGUUGGGUGAGGGGGUACUCGAGAGCAAACGAUAAGAGGUGGUGAUCAGAGAGAGGAAAUGGAGUGUUGCAGAUAUUAGAUACAUAAUGCAUAAGAGAAAAUGAGGCCAAGACAGCGCUCUUGCAAUGAUGGACUUAUGUGAAUACCACUAAAAUGAGGUUGAGGGUAUUGCCAGCUACUUGGGUGGGAGAAUUAGCCCACUGCGAUAACCCGAGGGAAGAAGUAAUUAAAAGUAGUUUGGAGGCUGCUGAGGUUAAAGAUGGGUUAAUGUGAAUAUUGAAGUCCCUGAUAAUUAGGGAUGGAAUAUUAGAAGAGAAGAAAUAGGGUAGCCAGGCAGCAAAGUGGUCAAGGAAGAGGAGAAGAGAACCAUGGGGACGAUAAACAACAGGAAUGUUAGAGAUGGAUAACAUGAUUUUAUGCAAAUGUUCCGUAAAUCUCUUCCCUUGUUCUUUCAGAUGCAAUCUCUCUUGCCAGAGCAGAAGAUGAUUACAAUGCUCCUGACUGCAGAUUUGUAAAUAUUAAGAAAGGAGAACUGAUUUAUGUGUACUCAAAACUGGUAAAACCCCAAAAAGAAGAUGGAGAGUUCUGGUUUGGAAGUGUAAGACUGCAUUUCUUUACUUGUAAUUUAUAUGUGAUUAAAAGCACAUUUGCUAUUUUGAUGCAUUUUAUGUUCCAGUAUUUGAAUUUCUCUUUGGAGAGUUAUGAUUCUUAGGGUUAAUCCAGCCUCUAGUGGCUGUCUCAUUGACAGCCGCUAGAGGCGCUUUCGCGCUUCUCACUGUGAUUUUCACAGUGAGAAGACGCCAGCGUCCAUAGGAAAGCAUUGAUAAUGCUUUCCUAUGGACUGGCUGAAUGCGCGCACAGCUCUUGCCGCGUAUGCGCAUUCAGCCAGGGACGUCAGAAGAGGGAGGAGAGUCCCCAGCACCGAGGGAGCCUGGCGCUGUAAAAAAGGUAAGGGAUUAACCCCUUCCUCUCCCUUCAGUGCCACAGGAGUGGGACCCUGAGUGUGGGAGCACCCUUAGGGCACUAUAGUGCCAGGAAAACGAGUAUGUUUUCCUGGCACUAUAGUGGUCCUUUAAGUCUGGCCAUUCCAAGGCCCGGUAAGAUGUUACCUUUAGUUCUAGAGUGUGAUACUAUUCUGCGUGCUGGAUCAAUAUAAUCCUGACACAUGUUUUAAACAGGAAAUCUGUAUGACUUUGAGCGGGUAAUUUAUCCAUUGAAUAUGCUUAAAAGUAUUAAAAUGGACGUGACACCUUCAAUACCAUUCUAACUGUCUAGAUGUCUACCAUAUUUACAAGCUGACUUUUUCUACACAGAAUUUGAAUGAAACUCAUUUAACUUUAUUGUAAAUGUAAUUUUGUUAUCGGCAAGUUUUGAUUAUUAUUGUAAUUAUUCUCUCCCCAAAAACAAUAAUUUUAGUAAAAGUGCUUUAACUGGAAACUAGCAUCCCUCAUCUUGGGCCCCAUUAUAUGUAGCGUGUAAAUCAUGGCAGGUGUACUUUAUGGAGUGCUUAAUGUUGUCAUUUUAAUGUCAAAGUUCACCGAUAUAUUUACAACUAAUCUAUCAAUUCAACCAUCAAAUCGUGAUGUAAACAGGCAUUUGAAAACAUACAGAAUCAUUUCUGGAACCAAAAACACAACUGGUGGAAGAUUUCUAGCUGGAAAGCAUUUGUUAACAAAAAGCUGGUACCUAGAUAUCUGAAACCUCAUAUCCUACUCCAAAUAAAAUUACUAAAGAGGAAUGCAUGAGGAAGCCGAAUGGUAUGCUCCCUGAUAUUCAUUAAGACUUCUAGAGUACAUCUGCAGGAAAAAAGAAUCUAUUAUACAUGUAUUCCAAUGUUAAAGAAGAGUUACAGGUUAUCAAAACAUUUAAAGAAGAUGAACUCUAGUGAAUGUGUUGAAUAGAAAUAUUGAAACAAUUUAUAUAAUACUAAAAGAAGGACAUACAGCAAAUUUAAAAGAGAGACUUCAGACUACAAAGAAACAAAUCCAUUCCGAUUUGAUUCAGAAAUUCCAAGCAGAUCGGUUACAGGCAGGAAAUUUAGUUUGGCAGCGUACAAUAUAAAGGAUUUGAUCCAAAAUGAAAAACAUCUUUGGAAAGAGAAAUAUUUCUCUUUUUUUAUUUCUUUGUGGAUAAUUGUCUAUAUUUUGUUACUACUAUCAAAACCACAGUAAAAAUAAUUGGAGAACCUCAAUUACUCCAAAAUGUGAUGUCUAGAGUGUAAGUGUCUUAUCCCGAAUAAGGUGAUAUACACUACCCAGAGCUAUUUACUAAAAUACGAAUUAUUGGGAUAUCAAAGAGAAUUCAAAAUGAAUAUCAAAUUAAGGGUCGAUAUAGCCAAACUGAAAAAUUAACAAUUAACUUCCACUUCAGCAAAGUUUGCCUUAAAUUAAAAAUUCACUUUGAAUUGCAGUAAAUAUCCCUGUAUAGACUUCAUACAUUGCAUUAUUGCUUAGGAAAAUGUCCUUAUGGUUUAUUUAAUUGUAUUUUAUACACAUUGGAUGCACAGAAUGUAAGAGUGCUGGUUACUACGUUUUGGCUGUGUGCAAAGGCGUUUCAAAGGUUUGGGCGAGACUACAGUUCAAGGAUACCCAACAGGUAGAUCCAUAAAUGUUGUAGAACUACAACUCCCAUGGUGCUUUGCAUGCUUUUACAAUGCCUUUAAAAGGACAAAGCAUCAUGAAAGCUGUAGUUUUAAAACAUCUGGGGGGGAUCAACCUUUUGGGUACCACUGCUAUAGAAUAUCCUACCUGCUGCAAAUUAUUUUCUUUAUCGUCUUGUUUGUUUUGAAAACUCGUUUUGUACUUUAAUAAUAAAUGUUGACCUGCGGAUGCAUUAUAAAAUGUGCAUGUCUCAUCACUCCUUAAUGUUCCUAAUUCGGGUCAACUUAUAAAACAUGCACAACGAUACAAACAGAAGGAAAAGAAAAUCAGCUGGGGGAAAAGAUGCAAAUGUGUUUGUUGCUUACCCCCUCGAUCUCAACCCUGUUUAUAGAUUUAAUACGUUUUAUUUAAAAUCGGAAAUUCUUGCGAAGAUAGAAAUUGAAACAUCCCUUCUCCAGUUCUCUUAAGUUACUUCUGAAGCUUUCUGUGAAUGGAUGUGGAAACCAUGUUGAGCUGAAGAGAGGCGAUGCAACAUAAUGACAUUACACCGGAAGGCAAAUGGAAAGGAAUGUUCAUUUAUUAUCUUCAGGACUGGAUCUAAACCUCUUUACCGCUGUAUUUCUGGCUUGGCACUGCAGCUGUAAUUUUAAGGGAUUUAAUAACAAACAAUGGGUUAAAAAACAGCUAAAGUGUAAACUUGGAUUGUCACAAUAGAAAACUUUUUUUUUUAAUUUUCAAUUAAUAUUUCAGACGUGUUCCUGUCUUGUAUAUUUUUAGCUAAUGCUUCUGUUUUUCAGGCCUUGGCACUCUUGUCAUCAUAAAUAUUUCCUUCUCCUCCUUACCCUUCGGUCUCUUACUUUUUCUUAAUCUUCUCCAUUCUUUAUUUCUUAGAAUUUAUAGAUGGUAAGGGACAAAAGGAAACUGAAGGGUUUAACUUAAUUAUUCAUAUUCUAUUAGACUCCCCAAUCCUUACCGCCCAACUCCCCCCAACCCUAAUUCUUAAAUCCUAUUAAAAAUUCUUGUUCAUUAAUCUUUCUUUCCCUGUCUAUCUUUGGAGAGAGAGAGAGCACACCUUAUGCCUAAUGUAAUACAGUUAAUUUUGCAAUUCUGUUUAUCUGCCCAUUUUUAGGGAUCAAAUUCUUUUUUCCUCUCCUUUUUCCUCCCCUCUUCUUCCCUGUCAUCUCCCAUCUCUGUGACAUUAAGUAAGCUUUUUCACUCGUUAAGUGUUAAGCGAAGAGUACAGGAGAGAGGCGAAUAGUGGUGUUAUUUCUUGCCUUGAUUUGUUGUUGUUAUUUAACCCCCACCCCCACCACCACAAAAAAAAGGAGGAGGAGAGGAAAAAGGGAAGAGAAAAGACACACACAAAAAAAAGGCCAGCAAAGAGAGAGUACACAAGAGAUAAUUGUUAAGUAAUAGUUUCCAUAGUAUUUAUCCAUGUGUCCCAGUCUUCUAUUUGAGUGCAUCUAUUUCCUACGUUCACCAAUAUACCCCUUUCCAUUUUUGCCUGCCAUAUGACUUGUGUUAUUGAUUCUUGAAUGCAUGGGAUUUUCCCUGUUUUCCAAUUUCGUGCUAGAAGUAGUUGUAAUAGUGCAAUUUGAACGUUACUGGGCAAAACAAUUAUCUACCAACAGUUUAAAAAAAAUAAUAAGUUCCAGCAGCUAGCAGUGUACCAGCUGUAGACUUGAAUUUGAGUAUCUGUCACUCGGUACUUCACAAAAAGGAAAGGAAAGGAAAGACAUCUUCUCCAUCUUGUCUAUCCAGAAACCUUUCUCUAGAUGAGGGGACUGGAGGUCCAUGCCAUCCAACUGUGAUGAACCUAGACACACAAGACGCAUUUCAGCCUGAUUGAACUGUGAGUUGAUAAGAGAACCGCCUGAUCAUGAACCCAUCAGAGAGAAGUAUUUAGCAUUGAAAAUUAAAACAGAUAUGAGAUCUUAAAGAGUCACACCAUAUGAUUUCUUGUAGAGCAUACCUGAGCUGAACACUGAGUUUAUACUUUGGAAUCAUUAGAUCUAUUUAACCAUUCAGAUUCCAAUGGAGGUAACUAAUCAUUGAAAUGAUACUCAAGGACAGUGGCGUACACAUAAACCACGGGGCCCUGGUGUGAAAAUGAUCCGUGAGCCCCCCCGCCUCCCUAUUCCACCCACGACAGACACACACACACACACACAUAUAGACACAUACACUCACACAUACAUACAAAGACAUACAUACAAACAGGCAGACACACACAGACAGACACACAUACAGACAGACAGGCACACACACACACACACAAAAUGUUUAAGUCACCCUCCUGUUUCCUCCCACGCGGCUCUCAGUGUUAGCUGGGAGGAGUGACGUGCUGGGGGCCCGGUAGCGCUGUUAAAGCACCCAGCUUUAUCCAUCAGGUGGCCCUGACAGCAUGUGCCACACGAUGGACCACUUGGACGGCGGCCCUGGCGGUUUACUGCACGGGCCGGGGCCGCAGAAGAUGAUGGCGAUGGAUACCCGGUGACAGGGGUCUGCAGGGCAGCCGGGCCCCCUGGAGUGGCGGGCCCGGUCGCUGCAGCGACCCCUGCGACCGCGGUAUGUACGACGCUGCUCAAGGAGUUAAAAACAAAAUCUAGCCUUGCAUUCGUAAAACUCUUACAUAGUGCCAUAAGGUUUGUUUUAGACUUUAACAAGAGAUAAAAUGUUGUGAAGUAACAGCUAAACAAAAAUAAGGAAACAAACAAAAUAUCACUGCUUGAUUGAUGAUCUUGAAGCCAAACUUCUCUGUAGGUCUGAGUUACCAUUCACUGGUAACACAUGCAGUCCAUCUGUUAGCUUAGCUGAGCGAUUUGAACGGUAUGCAUGGCUAUUCAGCUGGAAGAACAUUGAAUUAAAAUGAUGGCUUAGCAGAAGUGACAGCUGUUUUGUUGGAUACAGGUAUGGACUUGUUUGAACUUUAGGUAAAAGGCUCUUAACAUUCUGUUAUGAAUUUCUCUAACAGGUUUAUAGUGACCAAUACAGGGAUCCGAUUGGAUUUAUCGGGUAUUUUCCUAGCAACCUAGCCACAGAGAUACAUGUCUUCAAGAAUGCAACAUUAGAGCUGCAUACAACAGUAAGUUUAACAUAAUGAAUAAUGGCAAGUGUUUCAAAAUAUAACAUACUGUGAAUAUCAUAUUCCAUAUAUAACGCCAGCUGAUAUUAAAAUAUAGCCCCCAUGACGCAAAUGGAAAUGUAUUCCCAAAGUUGAUGGUUAAGCGAAAGGAUGGUGAGGCUUCAAAAUUAGCAUUGUUUACUAAUAGUGAUGUCCCGAACGAUUCGCCGCGGACUCCAUUCAGCAGACACAUUCCAGCCAAUCAGCAGCAGACCCUCCCUCCCAGACCCUCCCACCUCCUGGACAGCUCACUAAGAAUGCAGCUUCAAAAUGGAUGCUCUCCAAGAGGUGGGAGGGUAUGGGAGGGAGGGUCUGCUGCUGAUUGGCUGGAAUGUGUCGGCUGACUGGAGUCCGCGGCGAACCGUUCGUGGCGAACCGUGGCGAAUCGUUCGGCGAACCGUUCGGCGAACCGUUCGGGACAUCACUAUUUACUAAACUAAUAACUGAACACACCAAUCAUUUCUCAAAACAGUCAUUCACCACAACCAACUGGAACAUCUUUUCCCAAAAAUAGCUGUUGUGUAGUUCAAAUGAAAAAAGUAGUGAAAUUAAACUUAAAAGGACAUGCACUCUAAGACAGUGGUUCCCAACCCAGUCCUCAAGUACCUUCUAAUAGUCCAGGAUUUAGGGAUUACCCAGUUUUGUCUAAGGUGUUUUUAGAAAAAUAAAAAAUAAACACUUUAGACACAAUAGGGUAAUCCCUAAAUCCUGGACAGUUAGGGGGUACUUGAGGACUGGGUUGGGAACCACUGCUCUAAGACAACUAUCUAACUCAAAAGGUGCAGGCUGAAGAAAGCAGGUAUAUAUGAUAUUUUUCAUUUAAAACACUAUCUAAAAUCAAAUAUAUAAAACUGUAACUGAAAAACAAAAAGGGGGAGUGGAGCAGUGAUGGAUAGCAGAACAAAAAGAGACUAAGAAGGCAUCACUCCUGAGAACAGAGGAUUUCCUCUAAACCCCUAAAGAUAGCUAGAGAAGACAACAAUAAAAAAGUCAGGUUGAGCCAAUAGAUGCUGAAACACUUAUUAAUAUAAGGGGAAUAUAAAUAAAUAACCCUUGCAAGAUACUAUUAUAGCAACAAAGUAAAAAUACAACACAAAGUAUGUACAAAAAGCCCCAAAAAUGGAAAGAAUAAAAUACCAGAAUAUUGAAAAAAACAGUCCUAAAUUGACAAUCCUUCUUCUGGUUGUUGUCCAGUAUUUUUGGAAUGGUUUUUCUUAUUUGCAGCGUGUGAAAGAAAGCAAAAACAGGAGAAUCCAAUAGUGCAAUGUGAUUGUAAGAUCUGUGACAUACAACAUAUAAGUCUAAAAAAUGACAACUCACAUAUAAUGGAGCUGUAACCACCUCUGGAUAAAACAGCAUGUAGUGGUUUUCUUAUCCACACUUGUAGGAUAUCCCUCUGGUGGUAGUUUACAAUAGGGUAGCAGGAAAGUAGACCAUAUGAAAAUAAAAAAGAGAAGCCAAUAGGGCUCUCUACCCAAGAGAGUAUAACUAGUAAAAUAGAGAUAUACUCACAUUUGAAAGAGCAGUCAAACCGCUCUUUGUAUCAGUACAAUCCCCACCUAGGAUUCUUUGAAAGAAUAGUCCUAUAGAUAUCUCAGGUAGUAGGCCAAAAAAAUAAAAAAAAACUCAGGUCUGUACUUUCUAUGCAACCUCUCCUCCAGACAGCCUCUAAAGGUGCUUCCUUUACCUGUGUUGAGAUCAUCAAGUGUGAUGAUGUCAGCCAAGGAGGCGGAUUGGGGGCAGGGUUAGCGCUUGCGAACCCGCACAGCACUGGAAUAAAGGUGAGUAAAAUACAUUUUUAAGGAAAACAAAUGGGGAGCAGCGACCUAAAUAGUUUGUUUAAAACUAAAAGGUCAGGAAUACACAUUUGUGUUCCUGACCUUUCAUGCUCCUUUAACUCUGCUCAGUUGAAGAUUAGUAAUAGAGUGAAUGUGGUGAGUAAAUUAAGGGUUUUAUGUAGAUUUUAUUUUACAUUGCUUUGAAAUGGAGAAAAAUGCAGGCAAUAUCUUAAAAAGCAAAGUGUGCUCUUGCCUUGGGCUCAAUAUGACUAUGUAUUCUGAAAUUAAAAUAAGUAAAAACUGUUGAAUAAAUUGAAUGCCUAUCACAUGGAAAAAAAUAUGCUUCAAUCUAAAUCGCACCAGUACAAACCAGAAGCCAAUUUAACUGUCUUGUUUAAAAUUUCUCUUGAAAGGGCUAUAAUACUUUAAUUCCAUUUGUAAAAGUUUUCAUCUUUUGAAUAAAUCUUUCUGGUUCCAAAUAUUGAAUUUCGCCUGCCUCUUCACGGGUGUUAACUAAUACUCAAAACAGAUCUCAACUUUAUAAAAAUAAUUUGUAUGUUUAAAUAAUGCCAACACUUAAUCAGAAAACAUAGGUUAAGUGCACAACCUAACAAAUUAGCACUUUUUAAUUUGAAUAAAUUAGAACACGCAGGCAAAAUGCUUGCAUCCCCUCCCCCACAAAAUAUGUAUGUAGAGCAGUUCUGAGAUUGUGUGCCCAAUAAGCAUAUUUGUUGAUGUGCUUGGCUUUGUACAUUUUUACAGGACUGCAGUCCCAAAUCAGGACUGUUCUGUCGAAUCCAGGUUGUUGGGAGGUAUGCAUGCAUUCCAUUCCUAUGUACUGCUAAAUCUAAAUUAUGUUAUUUAUGGUAUGAUAGAUAUUACAUUUUAAAUUCUUGAUUUUAGUGUCAAAUUAUCAAACAGAUUAAAUGCAAUGAAAAUGAGCAUUGUUUACUGAAAGAUGUGUUAGUGCACAUGUGGAUCUCAAGAAGUCCUACACAGAAUUAUUUAUGUUUCCGAAAUGAUGUCUAGACACUUGGAUCAUCGAAAAACGAAUGCUUUCCUCUAACACUUCCUUACAUAAUUUUUUACCCACCUUGAGGACUUUGUUAUAUAAAUAUACAUUUUAAGCUUUUUCAGUGGAAUCCCAAAUUCUGUUUGUAAAUGAAAAAAGCACUUACAAAGACCUUCUUUUAACCCAUUAAGGACCAAACUUCUGGAAUAAAAGGGAAUCAUGACGUGUCACACAUGUCACGUGUCCUUAAGGGGUUAAAGGACCACUAUAGUGCCAGGAAAACAUACUCUUUUUCCUGGCACUAUAGUGCCAUGAGGAUGCCCCCACCCUCAGGGUCCCCCUCCCGUCGGGCUUUAGGGGGAGGAAGGGAUUAAACUUACUUCUUUCUCCAGCGCCUGGUGCUGCAUUCAGCCAGUCACAUAGGAAAGCAUUCACAAUGCUUUCCUAUGGACGCUGGCGUCUUCUCACUGUGAAAAUCACAGUGAGAAGCACGCAAGCGCCUCUAGCGGCUGUCAAUGAGACAGCCACUAGAGGCUGGAUGAACCCUAAUAUAAACAUAGCAGUUUCUCUGAAAAUGCUAUGUUUAUAGAAGAAAGGGUUAACCCUAGCUGGACCUGGCACCCAGACCACUUCAUUAAGCUGAAGUGGUCUGGGUGCCUAUAGUGGUCCAUUAAGACGAGACUAACCCAUCAUUUUCUGUUUGUGUAUGGACAUAUAUAAGUGGCUUUUAAUAUCUACUGAUUUUAAAGUCCACAUAUUUUUAUUAGCAUUGACUUCUGCUGUAUAACGGGUUCUGGGUAUCACCAUCCCAUUUAACCCUGUAGUAUCACUAUCUAUUUUAGCACCUCUGUGCCUAAGUGUCCAGAGCAAAUUAUCAAAUUGCUAUUUGAUUAAUCAUAACUAGAUUACUUUGCUAAUUACCUAGUAAAGAAAGUGAAUUCACUUAUUUGCUCUGAUUUACAGAGUACAUCACAAGUCUAAGAUAUCAAUCUAUUUCAAUAAUUACAGGUCUCGAAUUACUGUUUUAAAGCAUAAAGUGUUACACAGACCACCUCUUUGAGAUAUGUAAAAUAAAAAAUAAUAUUACUGGUAACCAGCGCCAAGCGAGGGUCUUAACACCCCAUCCAACAUCACACCACAUCACUUCUCUCCAUGGUCCAAUCAAAUACUUCUCAAAUAGAAGCUUAACUGAUAUUCAGGAGAGGGGAGGGAGUUUCAAACAGAAACACUGCAGUUACAGAUUCCUACCACCAUAACCACUUCCAAGGCAUGGUGGUUGGAGUAAACCUUUAAAGUGUUCAAAAUGUAGUGUGUUUGGCCUCCAGGAUUAAUGGUGGUAAAAAAAAAAAAAAACCUGUUAUACAGAAGUGUAUAAUUUUGUAAAAGAGAUACAGUAGACAUAUUAAGUAACCGUGAGCACCUAGCUUUUCUCAUCAGUUAGCCUGGGGAAAGACCAGCAGGGGAGAUGGGGACGGAGAGAGAUACACUAUUAAGAAAGAGGGGGUGAUGCUAGAAAACCUCAAGUGGAGAAAAAUCAGAAGAGAUCCACAAGCAGGGUGGUAUAGGCAGAAAAGAGGGAGGUGGUAAGAGUAAGAUACACCAGUUGGGAAGAGCCACAGUAGUACGACUUGAGUAGGACAUUCUGUAUAAACACAUCUCUACAUUCAGUGACUCUUUACACAAAUAAACACACACUGGCACUGACGCUAAAAUAUCCUCUUAUGCACGUCAGAGGUUUAUGGGAUAUGCUUAGCAUUCCCCCUGAAACGUAUAAGGCAGCGAGGUUUGUCUGACAUAUCUCAGUUACUUUUUAUCUUGGGCAGAGCAGUCGAGGAAGCUGUAUUUGUGAUUUGAAAGACAAGCAUCUUUUUAUUUACUUUUUCAGCUUAUUUUGUCACAUUUCUUUCAUAAUGACUUAAUAAAAACCAAUGCUUAGGGCUGCAGUGUCCUUAAUGGUGGGAUGAUGCAUCAAAAGAAAGUGGGUUAUGAUCUUGUUUUUUUUGGGGGGGACUUGAAACAUGAAUAUAAUAUAUUCCCUCUACGUGAUACUCCCUAGUAUAGAGUAAUCUGGAGAUGCUUUAUGUUCACUCAAUAGGUGAUAUGAUUAAAUGCAUCUGUAUGUAAAUGACUUUCAUUCUGCAGGAGAUCGCGUCUGUGGCUGAUUAGACCUUUCUACAGGGUAGUUAACAUUACUAUGUAGAUGAGAAAAUCUGCUAGUUUACUGAACUGGAUGGAAAUAUUUAUCUGAUUGGCAGGCUGGUGCAUUAAUUAUUCUACAAAUUUGCACUGAAUAUAUAUAUAUAUAGAUCUGAAUAAAAUACAUGAAUUCCUAUGGCAUAUUCAAGGCUGCGGAAUAUGUUGGCACUUUAUAAAUGCCAGUAAUAAAAAAAUAUGGCUAUUUUUUGGGGGGGGUUCUUAUGUAAAGAGAAGAGGGUCUGAUUAUUUACAACAUAUUGGGCCAGAUUUAUUAGAGCGAAAACGGGUGUUAUUCUGGGGUCAAAUUCUUAAUAAGGAUAAAUCACAAAACAAACAGAAUGCAACAUUUAUCACGUCACCACAGAAUGGCACCUGUUUUUGCCUUGAUACCUAUGGUCUAUUCUGUUGUAAGAUAUACAAAAUAACAGAUGGGUGAGCGGGGUUAAAUAUCUUUUAUGCAACAUAGGAUCUGUAUGGGGAUCAAAGCAGUCAAUAGAAUUGGAAAUUUGGUUUGGUCUGAAUUUAGGCACAAUUUCCAAACUCCGAGUCAAAAUGUAGCCGAAUCACAGACCAUCCACAAUGUGCAGUUUGUGAUUCUGAAUACCUCACAUGGCACCAAAAAAAAGAUACAAUUGAUGGGAAAAAAAGAUGAUCGAUGACUCGGGCACAGGCAUUAAAUCUUGAUUUCAUUCACAGAUUAAGUGAGAAUUGAGCGCUAGAGGAAAAAAAAGUAAGCAGAAAAAAAACUAUAUUUAUAUUUUUGAUACAUUUACAAAAUAUAAAUAGUGUUUUUUUUACUGCUCCCCGUUUUCCCCUCUUAGGGUUAUUUUUUUCUGACUAUAUCUGUGAACCAAAAUGCUCUUAUAAGUAUACUGAUAAAUAUAUACAUAAUAUUUAUAAUAUUUCUUUUAUGAAUCUAUUUUGCAGCAUACUAUAAGACCCAUCUUGCUACCUUUUUUUCUCACUAUAAGACCCAUUUUCACACCUUUUUUUCUGCUUAAAAAACAAACUCUGAGUAAACACAUGAACUAAUUCUGAACAUUGGAAACGGUCAGUGGACAGUUGCUUUGGGAUUAGGGGCUAACUAAUUCCCUGCUGGUGGCAUUAGUAACCAGAGGGCAAAUAGUUAAAAUCUGUGACUAUGACACCCGUUUAGUAUAAGGGAGGUUUCUUAGCUCCCUCAUGGCCCAGACCGCAAGGUGAUCACUGCCUUCCCUACAUGACUCCACAGUGGGGCUAAUAAUUAAAUAAAUAAACAAGAGGCAUAGUGCUCCCCCUCAUGUACCCACCCUUGGCCAGUGUGUGGUGCUAUCUUUAAAAUGUACUGGAGAAACUGUGUUCUAUUUAAUAAACAGUAGGCCACGAUUGGGGGCUUUAAUAUUUAUUUUAACUUUUUUAAAUGCCUUAGGCCCUCCUUCCAAACAUUUUAUUUACCUGGAGUCCAGUGACAGGUUAAGCUCCCGAUACUGCUUUCUUUCCCUCCUGAUGUGUGGUCCAAUCAAAGGCUUCUCAUACAGAAGCCUUUGAUUGGGUCGUUUAGCUGGCUAAGAGCGAUUGCACAUACUUCGAGCUGGCAGGAGGAGAGGGAGACUAGAAACAAACUGUACAGAGGAAAUAGGCAGGUGGGAGGGCUCCAGCGAGGGGAGAUAUAAGAUAAGCAGAUUGUGCUUGUUGCCACCUGGCAGUGCACACUGAUAACAUACAUACAAUAUGCACAGAAUUGACAGUGUUCCAGGCUGCCAAAGUCAAAUGUGCCAGAGAUGUAACUAGCCCCCAGUACACUAGUGCAAAUAACUCAGAUACACUGCGCAGCCAGAUACCUUCCCCCCCCAAUGAUCACGCCAUAAAGCAGAACUUGUCAUGGAUGUUGGAGUAAUCCUUUAAGUUCCCCUCCUAGUGGCUAGGGUUCCCCAAGACCCUAGCUAUCCCAAUUAAAAAUACUUACUUACCCACCCUAAUGACAGUGAGGGAAGGCCCAAUAAGUCUAAAUACAUUUGUAAUACAGUAAGUCUAAAUACUUUUUAUUGGAAUCUGUUGGUUUUACAAAACUUGCAGUGGCGUACAUACCAGGGUCGCAGGGGUCGCGGCUGCGACUGGGCCCGGCCCACCAGGGGGCCCGGCCGCCCCUGCGACCCGGUGUGUACCCACUGGGCCAGCCUCUUCCCCUGGGGGGCCCAGGAGCCGACCACCCCAGGGCCCCCCUGGGGCUGGCCCUGCUGACCCCGGGUGGCCGGUCGGGCAGGCAGGCAGGCGGGCGCGCAAGGGAGCACUCAGUGCUUCCUCUUCAACUCCCUCGCGCACCGCACUGAUACCGGAGCCGGAAGAUGACGUCAUCUUCCGGCGCCGGCAUCCCUACGCGGCGCGCGAGGGAGCUGAAGAGGAAGCAGUGAGUGCUCCCUCGCGCGCCCGCCUUCCUGCCCGACCGGCCACCCGACCAGGAGCCCAGCAGCAUCACUGGACCCCAGGGAAUCCCCCCAGCACUCCAAAAGGUAAGGAGGCUGGGGGAUUACAUUAAAAAACAUGUGUGAGUGUUAGUGUGUGCGUGUUAGUGUGUGUGUGUGAGUGUUAGAGUGAGUGUUAGUGUGAGUAUGAGUGUUAGUGUGUGUGUGUGAGUGUUAGAGUGAGUGUUAGUGUGAGUGUUAGAGUGAGUGUGAGUGUGUGUGUGUGAGUGUAGAGUGAGUGUUAGAGUGAGUGUUAGUGUGAGUGUUGUUAGAGUGUGUGUCUGCUAGUGAGUGUUAGUGUGUGUGAGUGUUAGUGUGAGUGUUAGAGUGAGUGUUAGUGUGUGUGUGUGAGUGUUAGAGUGAGUGUUGUGUGAGUGUUAGAGUGAGUGUUAGAGUGAGUGUUAGAGUGAGUGUUAGUGUGUGUGUGUGAGUGUUAGAGUGAGUGUGAGUGUUGGAGUGAGUGUUAGUGUGUGUGUGAGUGUUAGAGUGAGUGUUAGAGUGAGUGUGAGUGUUAGAGUGAGUGUUAAAGUGAGUGUGAGUGUUAGAGUGUGUCUGCUAGUGAGUGUUAGUGUGUGUGUUAGAGUGAGUGUGAGUGUUAGUGUGUGUGUCUGCUAGUGAGUGUUAGUGUGUGUGAGUGUUAGAGUGAGUGUGAGUGUUAGUGUGUGUGUCUGCUAGUGAGUGUUACUGUGUGUGUCUUACUGAGUGUGUGUGUGUUAGUGAGUCUGUUUGAUGUCUGUUAGUGAGUGUGUGUUUGUCAAUGAGAGUGUAUGUUUUGUAAGUGAAUGUGUAUGUAUGUCUGUCACUAAGUGUGUUUCUGUCAGUAAAUGUGUGUGUCUGUUAGCUCGUGUGUAUGCGUCUGUAAGUGAGUGUGUGUGUGUCUUCAGCACUUACCUUUCUCCAGCGCCGGACUCCCUUGGCGCUGGGGAUCCCUCAGCCUCUCAGCUCCGAAUGCGACCACGCACGCAUUCAAACCGCCCAUAGGAAAGCAUUACUCAAUGCUUUCCUAUGGACGUUCAGUGUGCUCCUCUAGCGGCUGUCAGUGAGACAGCCACUAGAGGCUGGAUUAACCCUCAGUGAAACAUAGCAGUUUCUCUGAAACUGCUAUGUUUUCAGCUGCAGGGUUAAAACUAGAGGGACCUGACACCCAGACAACUUCAUUGAGCUGAUGUGAUCUGGGUGUCUGUAGUGGUACAUACCGCGGUCGCAGGGGUCGCAGCCCUGUAACCCCUGCGACCAGGUCCCCACCGCCACGUGUUGCGGCCCGGCCCCCGUGCGCGGGGGGGCCCACGGAUCAAUUUUCGCACCGGGGCCCCAUGGGUCAUGUGUACGCCACUGAAAACUUGUUAUUAAUAAACUUAUAGUUCCUUAGUAUCAUCCUCUAACAUUUUAUGUCUGUUGUUAUUUAUUUUUCUACAAUAAUAAAUGCAUUGUUUCCACCAUCAUGUACAUUGUACCAUCCUGUACCUUGCCAAUAACAUUCGGUUGAAUUUCUCUCAUAGGCCAUUGAUUUCUACUGUGACUGAUACAACAGCGGAAAUAAAGUGACUACGAGAAUGAAGACACGCAGGCGAUACUUUUCAUGGCUUUUAUAAGACGUUCAAACUGCACAUGUGGUGAAAGAUUAUAAAUUCUUUCCUCAAUUUUUGUCACUGCUAAAGAAUUCAUACCAUUUCUUGCAUUCUAAGCCCAGCUUGCCAACAUCUAGAGGAAUGAAAAAUAGUAAAAUGGUUAUAGCAGCCUAUACUAUUGUAUUCGUUUCUACUGUAACAGAUCAUUUUAACUCUGCACACAUUGUUGAUAUUAUAAAGAAAAUGUAGCAAAAUAAAUUAAUUAUAAAUGUACCAUUAAUGCAGGUAACAAGUAAGUCAUUCUAGUGCAAGGUAAACCUUGUACGACCAUUAACAUAUACAGAAAAUUAAUUAGUAUUGAAUUUCUAGAAUUAUCAAGAGGCAAGACAUUGACCCUAUCUAUUUCUUUUUAUUAUUUAUCGUUAAAAAAAAACCUUCUUUGUUUCCUAAACUAGUGCAGAUAAUCAAUUUGCAAUCUGGGCAUACACACGCGACGUUAUAGAACUAUUAUGUUAACAUUACAUAUUCAUAAGACACAAUGAUUUAUUAUAAGUUCAUAAAGGGCUAAAAACAGUAGGGUGUUGUGAGGGUGUUGAAAGCUGAUUUGCAAAAUCUUGGCUAAAAUCUCACAGUCUUCCCUUUUGCGACACUCAGUGUGUGUGAGUGUGUUUUUUUUUUCUUUGUCGUUUUUGGGGACACAUCAGCGUUCUAAUAUUGUGUCUUUAUGGGAAUACUGUGCAUGCAUCAUUAUAUGAAGAAACAGAGAUUGCAUAAUAAAUGUACAGAUAUUUAAUGUUAUAUUAAUAAUAAGUGUUUGUAUGAACAGUCAGUUUUUUUCGGUGAAUGUAAUUAUCUGAAGGUUAGAUAGACUGCGUGGCUGUGUUAUUGGACACAUACCUGCUGACAUACAUGUGAAAGGGGACCGACCUCACACAACUUAUCCUCAUUAGAAUGAGCAUAAAAUUCUAUCUAUACAUCGUGCUAGCGGUUGUGCCAGUAAAUGUAUAGAUUAGGACAAAAACACUAUUUUUAAAAUUGGGUUUUCUCACAGGUGUUAGUCAAUGCCUUGCCGUUAGAAUUUAGCAGGUGGCAAUUUAGCAAGCUGAAGUGCUUUAAGAGUGUGUCAUGUUUCUUUAAAUGGUGUUGCGGCUUCUAUAGUUCCCUGUGGAAUGCUUUCUUCACUAAAUAGCAUUGAAGCAGAGUUACGCUCUGGUAUAUCUUUUCUGUGGCGUCAAUUUAAAACCCUAUGUUGCUUAGUAAAUUAAAGUGAUACAGAGGACGUGAUAAGUUUAAAUCCCGAGUUUGGCUUUGAGGUUACUUUACCAAAGCCUUAGAGAAUCUGAGAUAAUAUUUUUCUUGGCUUAGUUUAACCUCUAGUGACUACAUCUCUUAGUUUUGACCAAGUCACAGAAAAUUCAGAAUAUGUUGGCUCCACUCUGUACAACAUCUCGAACAAUUCUUUAUGUCUUUCACAUACACACAAACCACCUACAACGAAUUACUAAUUAAGGUGUCUAAUUCAAGCAAAUGUAUUAGAAAGAUAUAUUCAUGUUGUGUGUACAGCUCAUGUUAGAGGCUGUAUUCUUGAACAAAUUACAUGUUUUACAGAGUCUGAUUAAUGAUAACCACAGAGUAAGAUAGCAGGAUGUCUUAUUUAUUUAAUUUAAUAAAUAUAUCUCCUUGACAAGAUGGAUCAUUCAACAAACAGCAAUAUGCCACCUUCUGUUGCAGGCUCUCUCUUAAGAAUGACUAUGUCUACAUUCAUUUUACAUAUAGACAGACUGCAAUAUUCAUAGGAAGGAUAAAAUAGGGGAAAUCUGCCAUGCUGAAAUAUGACAAUAAUAACAAGUAAUUUUAAGGCUGCCACAAAGUUAUUUCCAUUUUUGAAUUUGCCUUAGGCAAGUCAUUUCAUGAAGAAAAAAAAAGGCAAAAAAUUUCCCAGUACAUAAAAUAUGAACUUGUAGCCGGAUUUAACCGUUUUAUGCUUACAAUGUAUUUUGUUGCAUAAUUUAUUAUGCGUUUGAUUUUUAGUGAAUGCAUCCAGUUACUGUAUAUUUAAACUCUGGGAUAUGUUUGCCUUUUAUUUAUUUCACAUGACUUAUACUGUGCUGCAUGCCAGGAAAUGCCAG